AUGAGUCACCCGGCGGCUGCGUACUUCUCAACCCAAGAAGACUACACUGCUUGCUCGCCUAAUAUGGAGCAAAAUCUUGAUCACGGUCGGCCCCCGACGCCGGAACAUCAUCCCACGGCAGGCGUCCGCGUCCACCGCCAGGAGAUUGAAGCCAUCGUCGCCUGCGCGUUCCCGGCAUCUGAGCUCCUCUCCGUGGUCCAACUCGGCUCGGGCGAGUCGUACAACAACAGGAUCUACUUCCUCGAGCUCCGCCACCCACGCCCACCAUCAUCAGAAGAGAGCGCGAGCCAGCGCGUCGUGUUGAAAGUCAACGGUCGCUUCUUCGGCGCAAACAAGGUGCAGAACGAGGUGGCCUGCUUCCAGCUGCUCGAGAGAUAUUGUCCCGAAGUACCGACGCCGCGGGCUCUCGCUUGGUCCGAGGACGGGACGGUGGCCACCAUGGACACGCCCUUCAAGAAGGGGAGCUGCGCGCUCGGCCUGCCCGCGGGUGUGGACGAGCUGCAGCAUGGCGGUUGGAUCUUGAUGUCGCGGGUUCCCGGAGGGCCCGUCGCGACCGACGAUCUGGAUCAGGCCACGCUUGCUCAACUCGGCGGGCAGCUGGGCGACAUGGUCGCGUCCCUGCGCCAAAACGUGCCAGCUCAAAAGCAUUGCGGCAAUAUUUGCCUGCCGCCUGGCGAUCCCGGGGCGGACACCGUCCCGCGACUGGAUGGCUCGUCUUUGACUAUCCGAGACAUCCUCCAAGAAGGCAUCAAGACCGGCGAGCCCGUCAAAAGCGCCAACGCAUACUACCGGCUCCGGCUGGAGGAGAAGCUGCACGAGCUGGAGACCACGGAUACGUAUGCGCCAAACCGAGCAAUCGUACAGCCCCUCCGAACCUUCAUCUCCGAGACACUACCGCAUCUCGGGCUUGCGGGCGGCGGCAUUCCCGCCGGCGAGUUCGUCAUGACGCACUACGACCUCUCGCCGCGCAACGUUCUCGUCUCGGGUCAGCCGCCGCGCGUCACCGGGCUCGUGGACUUUGAGUUUGCGGGCUUCUUCUGCCCUGUGGAGGAAUUUCUGAAUGACUGCAUCGGGAAUGCCGGCGACUGGCCGCAAGUGUUCUAUGACGCGUAUCUGGAGCGACUCAGGGAGAAGGGUGUGUCGACGCCGGCGCACGGCUUCGACCCGGAUGUGUGGGAACGCUACCAUUGGCUCGAGACGCUGGCAGGGCAGAUUGCGCCUUGGGAGCUGCCUGGAGACUACGCAGAUGACGAAUUGCGUGAGAAGUUGAGGGAGGCGGAAGUCGGCGUACGGGAGAUGCUGGGGAAACUCACGGGUUCUACCAAGUCCACGUAGAUGCGCGUAGUUUCAAAAAGCACCUUCAGGG